AUGUCGUACGAUCUCCAAGCUGCUGAAAGCCCUGCCUAUGCGCCAUUCUUCGGCUACAUGGGUGCUGCCUCAGCGCAGAUUUUUACCGUACUUGGAGCCGCAUACGGUACAGCGAAAUCCGCGGUCGGUAUUUGUUCGAUGGGUGUGAUGCGACCGGAACUGAUCAUGAAAUCUGUGAUUCCCGUCAUUAUGGCUGGUAUCAUCGGUAUUUACGGUUUGGUCGUGGCAAUGGUGUUGAAAGGAAAAGUGACCGCUUCGAGUGAAGGCUACAAUCUGAACAAAGGCUUUGCUCAUUUGGCUGCAGGCCUAACGUGUGGGCUGUGUGGACUUGGAGCCGGCUACGCCAUCGGAAUUGUUGGAGAUGCUGGAGUACGUGGAACAGCUCAACAGCCUCGUCUAUUCGUCGGAAUGAUCUUGAUCCUGAUUUUCUCCGAAGUAUUGGGUCUAUACGGCAUGAUUGUCGCUUUGAUCCUUGGAACUUCAUAA